AUGAACAAAGUCUACAAUUACAUGCACUCUAUCAAGUCGUUUAAAUUAAAAUCAAGCAAAGAAGAAGGUCAACUCAGCGACAAUGUCAUCGCUCUUAUCAAGUUCUACCCGCCGUCUAAAGAUGCAGCAUUGGCUUAUUUGGAUGAAGGCAAAGAAAAGCCAGAGAGACAGGUUAUUGUUGUGGUAUUCAAAGGAGCGGCUCAGCCCCCGAUAGUCGAGGAAUACCUUGUUGGCCCAGUAUCUGCACCGAAUAAACACGAGCUGUUGAAAGUAGACGGUCGAUCGUACCCUAUCAACUUCAACGUAAGGCCAGGAUUUGCACCGAGAGAAGAAAUUGCUAUUUACAAURACAUCCUUUUACCAAUGGGUAUAAAACUCCAUCGUCUCUUGUAUGAGAGUUAUGACGGGUACACUAUUGCCAAUUGCACUGAUAAGUGCUUGAAUUGUCUUUUCUCGGCUCCCUUUGGAUUCACUAGCGAUACAAGAGAAAACUGGUAUUUUCUAUUUCGUAACGAAAUAGCUGUAUAUUCGCACCCUUUGAACUUUGAAUUUUACUUGAAUCAUGCUGGUAGCAACUCRUCARAAUGGCGCAUAGAAAAGUUGUUGUACAACGGRCAGCUUUUCAACUCUACKGAAGAMCUAAUGRAUGCMUAUGACAAGGGAAAACUCGUCAAGACAUUUAUUCCAGCUCCUAAGGGAAAGGACAAARUUUUCUCMACUUACGAAAAACGCGGAAAGSARCAGCCUUCCAAACCCAGUCGARGUCCUGAACAGUACGAGCCCGAUGGAAAACGCUACUCUGUGAAAGGUAGACAUAUCGAGUACAUGAAYUGGGCUUUUGACUUCCGRGUUGAUUCCAUAAGUGGACCGCAAAUAUAUGAUGUAAGAUUUGGAGGAGAGAGGAUUGCGUACGAGAUCAGUCUACAGGAGGCUGUAGCGACUUACGCUGGAUAUUAUCCCACACAGAUGAAUAUUAACUAUGUUGAUGGCACGUAUACAAUGGGCGUACGAUCGCAUGACCUGUUACAAGGUAAACAUAAUCAGGGAGGGCUGAAAAUGCAUUGACUCCCCUCUCCUCCCCCCUCCCUGUCGAUCAAUAGUCGAUUUACGACUCAUUCAAACCCAUAAGAAUCAAGACAAGCUGUCAAAGCUAUUGUCUUUCCACGAAUGACUGAGCUCUGAUUCCUUUCUGCUUAUCAGGCCAUCGUCCUGCGAACUAUUGCCUCACUUGCUAACUACGACUACAUACACGACUUCAUAUUCUACCAGAACGGUGUGAAAGAAGUGAAAGUAUCAGCAUCUGGUUACACCUUUGGUASUUUCUACGAUGAGAAURUAAAACCAUACGGUUAUCCCAUCCACMAUAACUUAACAAGCACUACACACGAUCACUUACUCAACUACAAAGUUGACUUAGAUGUUGGUGGAAGACAAAAUUCCUACGAGACUAUCGAAGUCACAACAGARAACGUAACUGACAAAUGGCUACCGGAGAAAMACAGAUACUUUGUCAGGAAAGUCUUGAAACGUACCACCAAAAAGACCGAGCAAGAGGCAGCAUACAAAUUCAACUUUGACCGUCCAAAGUACUUGAACUUCUACAAUGAAAAAAAGAAAAACAAAAUGGGUGUAUCAAAAGGAUACAGAAUCCAGCUGAAUGGUAUCAUGAAGCAGUUGUAUCCAGAAGACUGGAUAAUGGUACCGAUGAUAAGUUGGUCUCUGUAUCAGUUGGCUGUUACCAGGUACAAAGACAGCGAAAGACAAAGCUCCUCAUGGUACAACCAAAACUCUCCGAGCGAUCCUCACGUUGAUUUCAGAACAUUUCUAGCAGACAACGAAUCUAUUGUCAAUCAAGAUCUUGUUGCUUGGGUAACCACUGGAAUGAUGCACAUCCCU